AUGUCUGCUCCUAAAGUUGCUACUCAAGUUUUCUUGAAAACCUGUCCAUCUGGUUUCAUUCAAACUAAAGUUAAUGAAGACGACUCCACUUUUGAAAUCAAAGAAGUCCCAAUUCCAGAAUUAAAAGAAGGUCAGGUUUUAGCUAAAGUGUUAUACUUGUCUAAUGAUCCAACCCAAAGAACUUGGUUAAGAAAAGCAGGUGACAAUUCUCCAAGUUAUUUGCCACCAGUCCACGAAGGCACCCCAAUGGCUUCAUUGGGUUUAGCUGAAAUUGUUGAAUCCAAGUCAGACAAAUACCAAAAAGGUGACAUUGCCAGUGGUAGAAUUUACUGGGCCGAUUAUGCUGUUGUUCCAGAUGCUGUUUUCUUCAACAAAAUUGACAAGAGUUUGGGAUUGCCUUUGGAAUUCUAUUUGUCUAUUUUAGGUAUGACUACGUUGACUGCAUUCUUUGGUUUGACCGAAGUUGCUAAAUUAAAGAAAUACUUGGGCGGUCCAAAAGAAGGUGAAAAAGGUCCAGUUGUAUGUGUAUCUGCUGCAUCUGGAGCCACUGGAUCGUCUGUUGUUCAAAUUGCCAAACACUUGUUGGGUGCUUCUAAAGUGAUUGGUAUUUCUGGUUCAGAUGAAAAAUGUAAAUGGGUUGAAAGCUUAGGUGCUGAUUUGUGUGUCAAUUACAAAAAUCCAGAAUGGCAAAAUCAAGUCAGUGAUUACUUGGCCAAAGACAACGAAGGAAUUGAUGUUUACUUUGAUUGUGUUGGUGGGGAAAUUUUGAGUUUUAUUUUGACAAAGAUCAACAAGUUUGGUCAUGUUGCUGCCUGUGGUGCUAUCUCGGGUUACAAUGACAAUAAAGCUUUUGCUGUCACCACCUGGCCAUACAUCAUUACCAACUCCUUGAGUGUCAAUGGUUUCAUUGUUGGUAACUUUGCUGCUCAAUUCCCAGAAGCUAUCAAGAUUCUUGGUGCUGCUGUUAAAGAAGGUAAAAUCAAAGCUCAAGGUGCUUACCAUGUUGAAAAGUUAUCUGGUGAUGAACCAGCAAAACGUUUAGCUGAUAUUCCAAGAAUUUGGAACAUGUUGUUUGAGGAUAACAAGCCAAAUGGUAAAUUGCUUAUUAAGGUUGAUUAG